CUCCUAUCGCGGAGUUCCUCAACAGCCUUGUUCCUGUACUACCACGCGUGUUUGAGAAGUUCUAUACCCCUCACAGUCCUUCAAGAUGACCACAAUGGGCCCAAUCGCCGAGCCCGUAGCUGGCACCACACCUCCGUCUCCUGCGGCUCUCACCGCCGACCAGCAGGCCAAGUACGACCAAUUGCUUACUGAGGUACGAGCCUGGGAGUCGCUGCCAGUCUCCUCUGCCAAAGAUGCCGAAUCCACACCCCUCGACGACAACGACCGCAUGUGGCUGACCCGCGAAUGCCUCCUUCGCUACCUCCGCGCCACGAAAUGGACCCUCGCACAAUCCUCCAUACGUCUCCGCUCCACAGCAGUUUGGCGCCGCGAGUUCGGCACCGAGAAGCUCACAGCUUCAUACAUCUCCCCCGAGAACGAGAAGGGCAAGCAGGUCCAGCUCGGUUACGACAACUCAGGGCGACCCUGCCUGUACCUCCUGCCGCAGAACCAGAACACUAAGCCUGGGCCCCGACAAGUCGAGCACCUGGUGUACAUGCUCGAGCGCACGAUCGACCUGCACCCGCCCGGCCAGGAGAGCCUUGCGCUGCUGAUCGACUUCAGCAACACAUCCUCCGGCGGCACACCAGGUCUCGGCAUAGCGAAGCAGGUGCUCGACAUCCUGCAGAACCACUACCCCGAGCGCCUCGGCCGGGCGCUGCUCACGCACCUGCCGUGGUACGUCACGCUGUUCCUUAAGGCGAUCAACCCCUUCAUCGACCCCGUCACGAAGGAGAAGAUCAAGUACAACGAGCCGCUCACCGACCACGUCCCUGCGUCGCAGCUGAUGAAGGCGUCGGGCGGUGAGAUCGACUUCAAGUACGACCACAGCCUGUACUGGCCAGCGCUGGAGAAACUCGCUGGCGAGAGGAGAGCACAGAGGGUCGCGAAGUGGGAGAAGGCCGGUAAGCUGAUCGGCGAGAGCGAGAUCUACCUCUGGGGCGGGGCUGAGGGCAGUGUCGGCAGCGGACAAGCUGCAGAGGCCAUUGGUACGGCGGUCACUGCUGACGCCGCACUUGAUGCUGCUCCUGCGCCUGUUGCUGCCGGGCCUGCCCCUGUUGCUCCUGCUGGUGCACCCUCCGCUACUGAGCCCGCACCCCUCAGCAACGCUGCCGUCGUCGCGCCGCCGGUCCACGCACCCGGUGCCAACGGUGAUGCGGCGCUUGCUGAGGGCGUAGCGAAGCUGGAUGUCAACGGCGAGGCUAGGCCUGUGGCCUGAGCGUAAUAGUUAUUGAGCGUUGCAUUUGAGCGAUAUGCUGCAUUAGACAUAGAAUAUCAAAGAUGUACUUGGUUGGCAAUAUGUUUUGACGUUCAGACACAGUCUUUUCGGU